AAUCAGACGUAGACAAGGCCCCAAACAACCACUCUUCUUCCAUUCACAAGCCUCCAAAAUCACCCCAACCAGACAGUGGAAAACAUAAUGAUCUACAAAGCUUGCACCACAACUACCUGUGUGACACAGGCUGUGUCUCAGAGAAAAUGUCUUCUACAACUCCUGUUAAGGUAGGCACCAGAGGCACUGUUGGUGCCCUUGUCCUGCAGGAGAUCGAGUAUUUCUCCAAGCUUGAUUCACCCUGCGAAAACUCUCAGGGAUCCCAACCACAAACUAAUUCGGGCAGUGGUAGUUGUAAAGCCAAAUUUGGGUCUGGAAGUAUGACGCAGAAGAGGAAGAAGAAGAAAGAUGGUGGCAGAUUCAUACCAAGUAUCUGUUCUGUGGUGGAAGUUGUUGAAACCAACCGACUGAAUAGGAUUCAUGGGGUAAGUUACAGGAACUUGAGAACUGAUUCGAAGAAGUUGCAGGGUUAAACUACCCAAUACUCUGGGAGAGCUUUGAGAAACCGAGUUUCUUGAACCGGCUCUUUAUAGGAUUUGACCAUCUAUCUGGGUUCCCGCAUUUUACGUCUACUAUCUCAACAAUGUAAGAUACUUUUCUAGUACUAGCUUUCUCUCUGUUAGGAGUCCCCUCUAAAGCAAUAUUCUCAGAGCCAAGCAUCGGGAUCCGAUGGUUAUUCUUCUGAAUGUUGUGUUUUGUUUUCUGGAUAUGCUCGAGAUUUUUGUUAUGAUUACUGCUGCGAUAUCUUCCACCACCGCUUCUACUACCUAUCACCUCAUUUGAUGUUCUUCUUGGUUGUACCAUUUUCGCAACUCCACCGUUUGUUGGAGGUUUCCUACCAGAGGAUGUCUUGGCCUGUGAUCUGCACUUGAUGGACUCCAAUUCCCUAGUCAUCAGGGCACUGAUAGUCCCGCUUGUCCCCACUUUAAUGGAGCCUUUGCCACCCCUGACUUCAAUCGACUGAACCAUGAUCACUUGAUCACCACACAAACUUCAACCUAUGAUUCUUCUAUCGGGAAGCUCCCAGUGGAACAUGUAACUAUGUAAGCAGAUUGUUUACCUGCUAUGAAAAAUAACCGUUCAGUGUAUAUACAAAUGAAGUAGUAUAUGCUUGUAUUUCAAUGCCAUGUUUACUUUUCAGCUAAGACAAAAAAGAUAUGGCUCAACUUCUGAAUAAAAAUCCCGAUCAAUCAACAA